CCGCUCCCGUAAACCCACGUGUCUCUCCUAAAUGGAUGCACAUUUCCCCUCCUUCAAAUCCUCCUCCUCUUCUGCUCUUCACUUCAACUCACUCUCACUCUAAACCCAAAUAAAAACUACAUCUUUAUUUUCAUUCCCAGUUCAAUAAGAGAUCCAAAGGUUUAUGCUUUAGCAAAACCCAGAACCCAAAAUGUUCAAUUUCUUUGGGAGGAAAGAUGUCAGGAAGAUUCUCAAACGCAAGGAUAGUGAUGCUGGUGAAAGAGGAAAAGCUCUCGAACACUUGCGAUCUUCUCUAUUCAAUGUAUUUCGCUCACCUGAAGGUGUAAAGCGACAACAGCAGCAACUAUGUGGCCCUGCAACUGCUCUUACAUUCAAUUUUGUUGUUGCUGUUGGUAUAAUUUUCAUGAACAAAUUGGUACUCAAAGUUGUUGGGUUCCAGUUUCCUAUAUUUCUCACUUUUAUCCACUACGUUGUAAGCUGGUUAUUGAUGGCUAUUCUGAAAUCUCUGUCUAUCCUCCCUGCAUCUCCCUCAAAAUCGGCUCGCUUAACUACGCUAUUUACUCUUGGUUUUGUUAUGGCUCUAUCUACCGGCCUUGCUAAUGUUAGCUUAAAGUACAAUAGUGUGGGCUUUUAUCAGAUGUCCAAGAUUGCAGUUACACCAUCGAUUGUUUUUGCAGAAUUUUUACUCUACAAUAAAAGAGUGUCUUUUCUCAAGGUCCUAACACUUGCAGUAGUAUCUCUUGGUGUUGCUGUGGCUACUGUGACGGAUCUGCAAUUCCAUCUCUUUGGUGCUUGUGUAGCAUUAGCAUGGAUAAUACCCAGUGCAAUCAACAAGAUUCUUUGGUCUAGUCUGCAACAGCAGGAGAACUGGACUGCCUUGGCGUUAAUGUGGAAGACAACGCCAGUUACUUUAUUUUUUCUCAUCGCGUUGAUACCCUGGUUGGAUCCGCCUGGUGCUCUCUCCUUUAAUUGGAGCUUUAAUAACACCUCGGCCAUUCUCAUGUCAGCUAUUCUCGGCUUCUUACUUCAGUGGUCUGGUGCUCUAGCUCUUGGGGCUACAUCAGCUGUUACACAUGUUGUUCUUGGUCAAUUCAAAACUUGUGUCAUUCUUCUUGGAAACUACUACCUGUUUAGUUCCAAUCCUGGCAAGACCAGUAUAUGUGGGGCGUUCACAGCAAUCGCCGGAAUGUCGAUAUACACUUACCUAAAUUUGAGGCAGCAAUCAGGCAGAACAUCCCCACGACAAGCCUCUACAUUACCAAAAUCCAAACUGAGUAAAGAAAAUGGCAACCGUGAUGGAAAUUAUGGGGCUGAAUCUGUCUAACAUAAAAUCAUCAAAUUUGGUACACGCGGAGAUCUAACUCAACACUAACCUCGGCGUUGUUUCAGUUUUUCACUGUUAGACUAAUUUUAUUCAAUUCUGAUUUUAGAGAUUGAUCGCAUUCCACGUUUACCAUGUAUUAGAGUUUGGUGUUAGUUGUUAGUCAGAUCAUAUGACUUUACCUGCUACAGGACACCUUUUUGUAGAUUGUGCUGGAUUCUUCAGUACUGUCUUGGCUGCAAAUCAAACAAUGUAUAUAUCCAAUGAAUUGGAGUCAAACAUUUUCAUACUGGAU